AUGAGUGAAAUCCCAAUCAAGCCUCCUCAGAUUCCCAAUCUUGUCAUUAAGCAAAUCACUUGACACGUUAAACUAAACGAAUUUAUAGAAGAAGGCCACGAUCUUUGCACCUUAAUUUGUGAUGUUCCAGAAUCAUCCUCAUCACUUUUGAGCCAAAUUAUCCAUAUGCCUGUAUAUAAAACAAAAACAUUCAAGAUCAAAUCAACCGCAUCUGGCUCCUUAUAUGUACUGAAUUCAGCUGAAGAAGCUCAGCAAACGAGUAUUCUCUGCAAAAUUCGCCAAAAAACCUUGCCGAAUUUUUCGAUUGGGGCUGAUUCUAUUGAUAAGUGCAAACACGAAAUGGAGUUUGGAGGAAUGUGCGCAUUUUGUGGGUAUAGAUCUAAUGAGUAAGUCAAGUUAAAGGUUAAUCUAUCAAUAAGUUGGCAAACCCAUAGCGGUCGCCCAUCUUGGCUCCAAAAAAGGUAGACUUUUUGAUUCCGACCUGAGCCAUCUGCAAGGGAUUAACUCCAUAGGGCAGAGCUAUCAUCUUUGAGGUCCCGAUGAGGAAAAACCAUGUGGCAGACAAUUUAUUUAACCCAUCUGGCAGGGACAAGAAAGCAUUUAGGUGAAAACAAAGCUUCCUGUUCGGCAAGGCUACCCCAAACCUGAAGGUGUGCUUAAAGUGACGCAAACACUGCUUCAGCUUCAUCAAGAUGAGUCCUACUGGCCCGCCUCGGAGUUCAAUUUCUGUCAACGUCACGAUUUUAUUUCUUAAUGAGUAAAGCUUAUAUAGGAAUGAGCAAGCAGACAUAGAAAAACUGCACUGUGGGGUCACUGGUAGAAAUUUGAAAUUUAAUGAAGAUUUAGCUGUUGCUCUUGAACACAAGAAAAAGCAAAAACUUUUAAAAGAAAAAAAAUUACUGUUGGUGCUGGAUUUAGACCACACGCUGCUGCAUACUAUUAAAGGAAGCUCAGCUAAGCCAAAUAUACAUCAGAUUAAUAUUGAUGGAAUGUCUCCAUGUCAAAUGACAGUGUAUUUUUGAUAGUGCACAUUUGGUCCAAAAUUUUUAAAUAGUGUGAUAUUUGGUCGAAAUUUAACGGUCUUUUUCUGGGUCAAAUUUCUCACUAUCAAAAGUUCAACAAAUUUUCGACCAAAUGUACUUCGGUGAAAUGCGCGCUAUCAAAAGUGCACGAUCAUUGGACCUGCACCCUGAUGGAAUAGUGUUUUCAACAAGAUUGAGGCCACAUCUAGAUUUUUUCUUACUCUUCACACCUUGAUUAUGCAGGAAAGCCAUUCGGAAAAAAAUUUUAUUUUUGAAAACUAGCACCUUUGCUCGGUUAGCUGCUAAAAUUUUUCUGCCAAAUUUUGUUUUAAUAUAAAAAUUAUUUAAAAAAAAAUUUGAUAUUUAAGUGAUAAUUAUUAUAAUGAAAUCUCUAGCUAAUUCUGUUUAAUUUUAAACAGCUUGCAUUUUAAAACAUAAACUUUAUAAUUAAAUUAAUAUUUGUUUUAACAUUAUUUCGAAUUUUUUUAAUUUGAAAAAAAAAAUUAACCCCUUUCGCGAGCAAACAACAUAUUUUUGUUUCUCACGCGGAGUGGGGGAGUUAACGAUUUUCUAGCUAUAAAUUUUAUUUAAAGAUAUAAUAAAAAUUAUAGUAAUAAAAUCUAGAAAAACUAUAUUAAAUUUUAGAUAAAUAACAUUAUAAAUAUCAUUAGAUUUUCAUUUCAAAUACUUAAAAAUUUUAUUUUUAAAAUUCGUAAAAAAAGUCCCUUUGCUAAGAAGCAAAAAUCUUGCUCAAUAGCCAAAGUAGGGAAUUAGAGAAAAUCUAAAGGAUAAAUAUGAGUUCUUUGUCUAUACAAAAGGAUCAAGGAAAUAUGCCCACCAAAUGAUGAAGCUGAUUGACCCACACAAAGAAUAUUUUGGUGAAAGACUUAUAUCACAGUAAAAUAUAUUUAGAGAUGACGAGCCAGGAGAAUCUGGAAAAAGUUUAAAGAUUUUAUUACCAAAAGACAACACUAUGGUUUUAAUACUGGAUGAUACCCAUGAAGUGUGGCCAGAUUCACCAAACCUUGUUAUCGCUGAUAGAUUUUGGUACUUUUAUGAUGAAUUGUCUGACAUUGAUAAAAAGAUUAUGGGAGAAAACGACCAUUUACUUUAUUUCAUGAAGGAUUUGCUAGCAAACAUCCACGAUUCUUUUUACAUGCAAGAGACUGCUGAUGUAAAAAAUAUUUUAAAACAAAUUCAAGGAAAUGUUUUACUAGGAGCAAAAAUCGCUUUUAGUGGGAUGAUUCCAAUUGAUAUACAGCCUGAAAUGCACCCUUUAUGGCAAGCUGCAGAAAGAUAUGGGGCGAUUUGCCAAAGAGAAGUUACUGAAGAAACCACUCAUCUUAUAUCUGACGGAUCACUAACCAAAAAAUUCAAGCAGGCAAAAAGAAUGAACAUCCCAGUUUUGCAUAGAACUUGGCUAUCUUUAUCAGUCAGCUAUUGAUACUGGCUACCUGAAUCUCAAUUUACACUGGAAAAUAUCAAUAAUUUAGAUAUUAGAUCUCUUCUUCCUACUUCGUUGAUGAGACAGUUAAGCAUAGGAAGUCCCGUGCCAUCAAAAAGCCAUACUUCUGGAGAGAGCGAAAGUGAUAGUGACAGCGAUUUAAUUGACUCAAAAUCUGAUUCCAGCUCUUCCAGUAAUAAAAAUAUGGCUGACUGCGCCAGAGAAGUAAAUUCAACUAGCAUUGAUAGUAAAGAGAAUAAGCAAGAAAAAGGCGCAGUUAAGAGGGCAAACGCGUCACAAAUACCAAAACCAGCCAAGAAAGUAAAGUUCCAAGAUAACUCAGAGCUGAAAAUUUAG